UUUUACUGGAAAAUUCAACUUCGAGAUCGAAUCGGAGAAGAUGAGUAAUCAUAGGGUUCUGCUCUUGUUCUUGGUGACGUGGAUCUCCCACUGCGAAGAAGUGUUGAGCUCGUACGCUGGUUCGGCGAGCUCCAUCAUCAACCCUUCCAAGGUCAAACAGAUUUCAUGGAAUCCAAGAGCUUUCGUUUACGAAGGUUUCCUCACCGACCUGGAAUGCGAUCAUCUGAUCUCUUUGGCGAAAUCAGAGCUUAAGAGAUCUGCUGUAGCGGAUAAUCUUUCUGGAGAGAGUCAGUUGAGUGAAGUUCGAACAAGCUCUGGAAUGUUCAUUCCCAAGGACAAGGAUCCUAUUAUUUCUGGCAUUGAGGAUAAGAUUUCGUCGUGGACCUUUCUUCCGAAAGAAAAUGGAGAAGACAUUCAAGUAUUGAGGUAUGAGCAUGGGCAGAAAUAUGAUCCGCAUUAUGACUACUUCUCUGACAAAGUUAAUAUAGCUCGAGGUGGACACCGUGUUGCAACUGUUCUCAUGUAUCUCACCGAUGUGACCAGUGGUGGUGAAACAGUGUUCCCUAAUGCAGAGGAAACUCCACAUAGAAGAGGUUCUGAAAAAGGAACUGAUCUCUCUGAGUGUGCCAAAAAAGGAAUUGCAGUCAAACCGCGUAGAGGGGAUGCACUUCUCUUCUUCAGUCUUCUCCCAAAUGCUAUCCCCGACACUAAUAGCCUCCAUGCGGGAUGCCCUGUACUUGAAGGUGAGAAAUGGUCAGCAACAAAAUGGAUUCAUGUUGAUUCAUUUGAUAAAACAGUAGGACCUGGGGGAGACUGCACUGAUAAUCAUCAGAGCUGCGUGACAUGGGCUUCCCUUGGAGAGUGCACAAACAAUCCUGAGUAUAUGAUUGGGUCUUCAGACCUUCCUGGGUACUGUAGGAAGAGUUGUAAGGCAUGUUAGAAACUUCACUACAGAUUCCCACAUACAAGUUUCUGCCACUGGAUUUCAGAUUUCGGUUGGUUCUUAAUUUUAUUCCUCUUCUAUCCUGGAUUGUAAAUUAAUUCUGUAUCAUUAUGGCCAGUAGUUACUAGUUAUAAAGAUGAUACUGUUUCCUUUUUGGGGUAAAAAACUCAAAAUGGCCUCUGCCACACUUCCAAGUGAUAGAAUUGAGUUGUAAUGCGGCAUCUUGCUUGUCAUUUUGUUAGCUAUUUUAUAUGGAUAAACAAGCGGGAAAUAAUAACACAUGCAUAAUUUGUCACUA